AUGGCAGGACGCUCGCUGCUCGAUAACAUUUUCUUGAUUUACUUCGCCAUCCACAUUCCCAUCACCCUUCUCAUUGAUGCACAGGCGCUGGUGCCGGACCGCAGCAUCUACCCGCAAGCCGCCGUGUACCUUGUCGACUUCUACAUCAGCGACUUCGGAGAUUUCCUGAUGGCGAAGCCGCCGCUGUGGUUCCAGUCGUUGAUGUGGGCCGAGAUGCUCGUCCAGGUGCCGUUCUUCUUCGUUGCCGUCUACGCCUUCGCCAAGUGCCGCAACUGGAUCCGCAUUCCUGCCCUGAUGUACGGCACGCACCUGGUCACCGUCAUGACGCCCAUCCUCUUCGAGACCGCCUUCACGCCGAUGGACCCCACCCACAGGCUCAAGAUGUUCAGCGUGUACCUGCCGUGGUUCCUCAUCCCGCUGGCGCUGACGAUCAAAAUGGUCCUCUACCCCAAGCCCUUCGGCGACGUCGAGAAGCAGCGCGCCAACAAGCCCAAGAGGAAGUGA